CCCCAAUCUCCACCCCCCGCCCUCCCGGCUCCUGCUCCCGGGAGCCCCGCAAACCCCGCUCCGCCCGCGCCCCGCACAGCACCGAGGCUCCCGGCCCGGUCCGCCCCGCUGCCCCUCCCCGGGGCCAUGGGAGCACCCCCGGGCUACAGACCCUCUGCCUGGGUGCAUCUCCUCCACCAGCUGCCCCGCGCCGACUUCCAGCUCCGCCCGGUGCCCAGCAGCUUUGCUCCCCGCGACCAAGAGUACCAGCAGGCCCUGCUACUGGUGGCAGCCUUGGCUGGGUUGGGUUUGGGCCUGAGCCUCAUCUUCAUCGCUGUCUACCUCAUCCGAUUCUGCUGUUGCCGGCCCCCAGAACCCCCUGGGUCCAAGAGUCCCCCACCUGGAGGAGGCUGUGUCACCUGGAGCUGCAUCGCUGCCCUUCUCGUGGGCUGUGCAGGCAUUGGCAUUGGUUUCUAUGGUAACAGCGAGACCAGCGAUGGCGUGUCCCAGCUCAGCUCAGCCUUGCUGCAUGCCAACCACACGCUCAGCACCAUGGAUGACUUGGUGCUGGAGACAGUGGAGAGGCUGAGUGAGGCUGUGAGGACAGAGCUGACCACCCUGGAGGAAGUGCUGUCGGAACGCAUGGAGCUGGUGGCGGCUGCCCGGGGAGCGCGGAGGCAGGCUGAGGCUGCCGCUCAGCAUCUGCAAGGACUGGCCUUCUGGCAAGGAGUGUCCCUGAGCCCAGUGCAGGUGGCUGAAGAUGUGACUUUUGUAGAGGAGUACAGGUGGCUGUCCUAUGUCCUCCUACUGCUCUUGGUGCUUCUGGUUUGCCUCUUUACUCUCCUAGGCCUGGCGAAGCAGAGCAAGUGGCUGGUGGUUGUGAUGACCGCCAUGAGUCUCCUGGUGCUUGUCCUGAGCUGGGGUUCCAUGGGCCUAGAAGCUGCCACAGCUGUGGGCCUCAGUGACUUCUGCUCCAAUCCAGACACCUAUGUGCUAAACCUGACCCAGGAGGAGACUGGGCUUAGUUCAGACAUCCUCAACUAUUAUUUCCUGUGCAACCAGGCGGUCUCCAACCCCUUCCAACAGAGGCUGACUCUGUCCCAGCGUGCUCUAGCCAACAUCCAUUCUCAGCUGCAGGGCCUGGAGCGGGAAGCUGUCCCUCAGUUUCCUGCUGCACAGAGGCCCUUGUUAUCCUUGGAGGAGACAAUGAAUGUGACAGAGGGAAGCUUCCACCAGUUGGUGGCACUGCUGCAUUGCCGCAGUCUGCACAAGGACUAUGGCUCGGCACUCCGAGGCCUGUGUGAAGAUGCCCUGGAGGGCCUGCUGUUCCUAAUGCUCUUCUCUCUCCUGUCUGCGGGAGCCCUGGCCACCACCCUUUGCAGCCUGCCCCGUGCCUGGGCCCUCUUCCCACCCAGUGAUGACUACGAUGACACAGAUGAUGACGACCCUUUCAACCCUCAGGAAUCCAAGCGCUUUGUGCAGUGGCAGUCUUCCAUCUGAGCCCUUGUCUAGCUCAGAGCCAGAUUCUCAUUGGUAGCUAGGUCCAUCUUAUUUUCCCCACUCCUGGGAGAAGUCCUGCAGAAGAUGAAGCUAACCAACAUUUCAACAUGGAGGAGGAGCUCUUGAUUUCUUUCUUCCUUUUUAUUUUAUUUUUCUUAAUGUUCUUUUGUUUGAAUUCUAAGCCACAGUCUGAGCCACUAUUAAACUUCCAGAAGCCACCUCUAAAGGUAGCAGGAAACUGAAGCCUGGACUCUCAGAUUCAGGGUCAGGAGCCUUAUCAAUUGAGCUAUCCAAGCCAACUGAGAGGAAGUCCCAACUGGACUAGAGAGACCCCUUCCCUGCUGGUUGAAAGGCAGCUCUCCUCUUGUCCAGGCUCAGCACUGAUCUGGUUCUGAAAGUCAUAUGUGUAUCCUGACAAGAGAAGAAGCCGAUCCCCAGAAGAGAAGAAACCUAGCACCAAAUCUAAACACGCAUCCACAGGAACAGAGUCAAGUCCAGUGUGGAAUGUGCAAGGCUGGUUGGGUUUAGGAACUGUGUGUGUGGAAUCAGCUUGCUUCCUAGCAGUUCAAACUCAGCACAAGAUGUCAAAAAACCUAAGUUUGUAUCAGGAAAGAGACAGACGUACUCGGAGACAUAGUAGAAUAAUAUUUGCUUGUAGUGCUUCCAGGGUGAUCUAGAGGGGGAAACUUACAGAAGAUACCACAGAUCCAGACAGGAAAAGAUAAAGCAGUCAAUAAAUUAUAAAGUAAAACAAAGAAACAUGGAAGAGUCAAAAGGGAAAUGUAUUGUCUAUAUAACGAUACCUAUGAAGUUUUGUUAAAAAGAAUUAGUACAUAUGACAAAGAAAACUAUUAGUGUUAAUAGAUAAGCAUAAUUCACAAAAGCUUCAAUUUCUCUAACAAAAAGACAAACUCAAUUUAAUAAGCAGCUGAGACGAACAUACGAGGAAGCAAAAACCUGAAGACAAAUUGAUAAACUUGUUAAAAUUCUAAUGAUUCAACAACACAAUUGUGCUACUUCCCUCUCUCUAAUACCUAGUUAUUGUGACAUUAAAAUGGGUGUUGACUGGAGUAGUCUGGAAAACCAGGGAAAAGGUUCUCAAAACAUGCUGCUGUGAAUCAACAGUUAUGUGAAUAAAACAAAAAAGAAAACCCUGCUUACAUGUGAGAAAAUGGAAACCACAUCUCUUGACCAGGUGACCCUUUAGGGAACAAGCUUAGAAAGAGAUGAACAGGUAACUAAGAUGUGUGGAAACCUUUACCCAGGCAACACUUGGUUCAGUUAAACCCUGCAGACACAAAGUCCACAAAAAGAAGUAAUCUGCGUAGCACAACUCUGGAAGAUCAACAGUUCUGUAGCGGACGUUGGUAGAGCAGGAUCCUCAAGCUGAAUGUGACAGAAUGGCAGUAGGAUACAGAAGCACCAGGGAUAUACCCUGAAGAGUCUCACACAGUGGUUGGUUGGAUGCCUCUGGGCCCCAGUCCUGGCAUCGCUGUGUUGAUGUGGGCAAAUCACUUGACUCGUUGAACUGCAGUUGUGUCGUCAAGCAAAUGGGUAUCAAAUCCAGAAAGCAGGACAGUAAAAAGCAAGAUAAAUGCAACAGGAUGCUCUGGGUUACACUCUGGCACAUACAAAACAUCCUUGGGAAAAGUGCCAAAGUCUAAAGUCUGCGGUUUAGUUCAGAGUAUUAAAGCAACGUCGGUCAGUUUCUUACUUUUAACAAAUAAACUGGUGAAUUCGAGGGGUGGAAUCUAGCAAUAGGGGAAACUAGGCAUAGUAUAUGCCCAACUCCUGUAUUAUCUUUGCAAUUUUUAUUUCUGUAAACCUAAAUUUAUUCCAAAAUAAAAGUUCAUUAUAAAAAAAAAA